AUGUCUGUACGGGUUGGGGACCGGAGCUGGGGCCCCGACCGCCCCCGGGGGCUGGAGCUGACAUCUCGGCUGUGCUGGGACCGGCCCCAGGAGCGCAGGGACGGGGUGCCGGGGGCUCUGGGGGCCAGCCCAGAGCUGAGCCAGGGGCACGCGGGGCUCGACGGCAGCAGCAGGGCCGGACAGGGAGCGCUGCAGACAGACACCGUCUGCUCCAGCCCGCGGAUCCUCUUUCCCAACAAACCGCUCUGUUCUGCUGCUGCUGCAGACAAAGGCCGGAGCAGGGAUUACCGGGACCAGCACCGCAUGCUGGCGCUGCUGCUGGGCACGCUGCUGUGGGCGCCCUGGCAGGCGCUGCACGGGGCGCCGCUGGUCGAGCUCUCGGGGGACCAGGACUUCCAGCUCUUCCUGCACAAGAACCUCGAGUUCACCCGCAAGAUCAAGGGGGACGUGGCCGUGCUGCAGCGCGUGGUGUGCGACACCUUCCAGCUGUGCAAGGAGGAAGAGCUGCUGCUGGUGCGGCAGGACCUGGGCAUCGUGCAGGUGCCGCUGGAGCAGUGCCACAGCCGCAACUUCCAGGCAGAGGCCUGCUUCAGCCAGAUCCACGACGGCCUCCGCGCCUACCAUGGCUCCCUCGCCGCCGUCCUGGAGCUGCUGCCUGGGCACACCAGCCUGGUGGAGACCCUGCAGCUGGACGCUGCCAACCUCUCCUCCAACAUCCAGCAGCAGAUGGAGGACCUGGGCCUGGCCACGGUGACGUACCCCACGGAGGGCCCGGGCCCCCUCCCCACCUUCUCCUCCAGUUUCCACCACCAGGUCGGCGGCUUCUUCAUCCUGGCCAACUUCCAGCGGUUCCUGGAGACGGCGUACCGGGCGCUGCGGCACCUCGCCCGCCGCCCCCCCCCCCGCCUCUGA